AUGGGACUACAGCACUGCGACCCUCCAAUAACGGACUUAUGCUACAUCCCUAAAUUCACUUCGGAUAUCACGCUAACACCAAAAUGCGUGGAAGCAUUAUUCAGAAAUCUCCCACUAAGCCAAAUAAACAAGUUCUGUUACUUUCAAUGUGUAAAACAACAAGAAAAUGAAGAAGUAAUAAUUAAACAAAUAGGAGUAAAUACUUUUGCAAUAACUAAUCCCCAGCCUACGCUAAUGAUAAGAAAAUCAAAAAAAAAUGUAUACACCGAAACACAAAAACUAAAAAUAAACCACACACACCCAGGUCUAAUAAAGAUUUCCUUACCAUGUAAUUAUGAGCUUUUAAGAAACGGGAAAGUACUAAUUCCCAAAAUGUUUCCAUGUGAACUAAGCAAUCUAAACAAAUUCACUAUACAAAGAAUACUACCCACAUCAUGGACAAACAUAAAAUCUUUAAACAUUGGUCACGAGGCACAGAAAGAUCAAAAUAUAUACUUCUCAAAUCUAAGCGAAAUACUAAAUGAAGACUGGACCAAAGAAAUUCCGAACUAUCACAUAACCAGACAGUUAAAAGAUCCCGAAGAAUAUUUUAAAAAGGUCAUCCUAGAAAAAAUGCCACAACCUCUGAUAAAUGACUUCCUUGGCGAUAUUAUAUACUUAGGAUGGUUAACAAUACUGACCAUAGCCAUAGGAUUUUUAGCAUACAAAUUAUUCCCCGUCCUAAUAAAAAUAGAUUUACUAAAUCCCCCACCGAUACCGGCGAGACAAUAA